GUGUUUUGGCAGUUUUGAUUCCUUGUGCGGCAAGUGAGUGUUUGGUUAGUUGGAAUUUGGCUUUUAGCUGCCAAUCCCAUGACUGUUCAAAUUGUUUCUGAUCCCCUGUUCAGUACGAGAGAGAGAGAGAGAGAGAGAGAGAGUAUCACUUCCCACUUCUGUAAGGAGGAUACCCAACAACACCGUUAAGCAAAUCAUGGUUUGGGUCCGAUCUAUUUUGUUAAUAAUUAGAAACUAAAAUAUUAAUCUUUUAAAAAGAAGUAUAGUAUGUGUUAAUUAUUACUAUAUUUCCGGACAUAACCUAGAAAUUGGGCAACUAUAAGAAUGGUAUUACAAUUGGAAACUGCCGAGGGAGAACUUGGAAAGAAGACCCAGCCAUUUUUCUUAGGUCUCGUUCUUAUUUUACAUUACUGUUUUGCGGGUCUUCAAACUUAAAAGCGAGGUUUGAUAACUGGUAUUCAGCUCAACUUAUGGAAGAAAAAUACAUUUUGCUAAGAUUCUCCUAAGAUUUUGAAGAGACCUUGUCUUAUUCUAAAGCAAAUCUCUUCCUUGUAGUUUCUUCAUGGGGAGGUCGUACCUCAUAUAGCUAUGACAUGAUGGAUUAAAUGAGCUAAAAGUGAGUUUGGUCUCAUAAGCAACCUCUUCAAAGAACUAUUAUGGACCAGAUAAUUUCAGGAAAAAGUAGGAUGUGGGCACUCUCUAUGAAUGAAGCAUCUUUUUCAACCAAGCAUAAAAAAGUUACCAGCUUCUGAUGCUCUUUCUUCACCCUCCAAACUGAAGCAUCCCAGAAGAUGGUAUUGCUCUAUCAGUAGCUCAGUUACAAAAGGAGGCAGGAGGUGCUGUUCCUAGAUCAUUUUCCACUCCUUUUUCACUUCCUUCUUUUAGUUUUAGAUUGAACCCUCGUACCUUCUUCUGUAUGAAGACUUUUCAAUGUUUAGAUAACGGAUAAAGAAAAAGCUAUGGUUCUCCAUGGUCAGGCUAAGAAGGAGGUCACAGUAGUUGAAUCCAACAAGCCAAAGAGCUUGUUGCUUCCUGGAACUAGUCUUGCCUCUGUUGAAUCCUCAUCGAUGCCUCUUGUCCACGAAAUUGUUCUCUCAGCAGAUAUUCGAUGUGCAGAGUGUCAAAGGAGAAUAACAGACAUAAUGUCAAGAAUGAAUGAGACAGACUCUGUUUUGAUAAAUGUGUUAGAGAAGAAGGUAACACUCACCGGUAAAAACCCUGGUAUUGUUAAGUUACCUUCAAGACAAGUUCCUGUUAGUUACAGGAAUCCUGUCAGCACAAUGGCCAUGAUCAAGGGGAUCUUUCGCUCUUCCCGAAUUUGAAUCCCAAUCAAGAAACAUCCAACAUGUUGCAGAAUUCUUCAUUUAAAGAUAUGUUUGUUGUAGCCUGAAUGCCUCGAAUAUACUUUCUUGUUGUAGGAAGAAAAUAAACAAUAAAGGCAGUUGUGUUAUCAGUUUGGUCAUGUCUCACUUAUACAAGGAAACAAAAUGAAUGGUCGGAUGUGUUUGAAGUGAUCAGCCAAAUUGUUGAUCUUGGCUGUACUAUGUCCAGUUUCAUUGCUGAGUGAAGUAUUGAAGAAACCUAUUUCAGGUAUAACUUUCUCUACUAUUAUUUUUCUUGUGUUUCAGGCAAACUAAAAUCCAAGGUAACUGAUGGUUAAAUUUAAUGCAAAACGGAAACCUUUGUAAAUAAGAAAGGAUACUUCAUAUAAUCCUAUACAGCAUUUACAUGAAAGAAUGCUUCUCUUAAUUACUUGAGAUAUUUAAGUCGUGGUUAAUUAA